ACGCAGCUUCUCGCGGUAACGUUAGUAUACUGUUAGCUUGGUAGCUAACACCACCGUUUCCAGGUUUCGUGUCGACCUGAAAACAUCAAACCAAGAGAGACACAGAAAGACUGCGUAUCUUAAACCGUUUUAAACCCAGGCUGUGCAGAAGAGAAGGACAAUGCCACACAACUUCCAGCCCGGAGACCUCGUCUUUGCUAAGAUGAAGGGAUACCCCCAUUGGCCAGCCAGGAUUGAAGAUGUGGCUGAUGGAGCAGUGAAACCACCUCCUAAUAAAAUCCCCAUUUUCUUCUUUGGGACACAUGAAACAGCAUUCCUCGCACCAAAGGACCUUUUUGCCUAUGAAAAGUACAGAGAACGAUAUGGGAAACCCAACAAAAGGAAGGGAUUCAAUGAAGGCUUAUGGGAGAUCCAGAACAAUCCACAUGCCUCCUACAGCGCCCCACCUGUACCAGCUAGCUCAUCUGACAGCGAGGCUGAAAAUGCAGGAGGAGGAAGCGACGAGGAGGACGAUGAGGAGGACGCCCCGGUUCCUCGGAAAGCACACACAGGAAGUGAGGUUGAUUCAGAUUCUGGGAGUGAAGACAGAGGAAGGGGGGGCGGAGGAGGAGGAGGGGGCGGAGGAGGAGGAGGAAUGAAGCGAGAUUUUACUCCAGAGAAGAAAUCUGGUGGACGAGGUGUGAAGAAAGCAGGAGGCAGAGGGAAGAAAAAGAAGGCUUCGUCCGACUCUGAUUCAGACUCGGGAUCGGCAUCGGAGAAGAAAGUAGCAGACAGCGACUCGGAGGACGAGAAGCCUCGACCGGCUCUGUCUGGCUCAGAAUCCCAGUCUGGCUCAAAGUCUGAAUCGGAAUCAGAUCCUCCCCCGCGGAAGGGCCCACAGGCUCGCAAGAAAGAGAAGCCGGCGCCAAAGCCUCGAGCACGGAAACCCAAACCUGCGCCGGCAAAACGAGCGCCUUCAUCGUCCUCCGACAGCGAAAGUGACAGUGAACCCGACCGCAUCAGCGAAUGGAAGAAACGAGAUGAAGAACGCAGAAGAGAGCUGGAGGAGCGGCGAAAAAAGGAGGAAGCCGAAGAGCUCCGCCGGCUACGUGAGCGAGAGAAAGAGGAGGAGGAGAAGAAGAAAAAAGACAAAGAUAAGGGUAAAAAAGAGAGUGAAAGCGACAGCAGCAGUAGCUCAGAUGAAGGUAUAGACGAUCACCCGUUGAAGAAGUCCAAGAAACCCCCCCCACCACCUAUCCCUGCGCCCUCAGACUCUGAUUCUCCGGCACCAGCUGAGGUAAAGAAGCCACCCAAGAAGCUAGACAACCAGAAGAAAGCAAAAAUAAAGAAAGAAAAGGAGAGGAAAGAACGAAAAGAGAGAGAGCUGAAAGAGAAGAAAGCCAGACGGUCAGAGGAGAGGUCCAGAGCGAGGUCUAAGCCUGAAAAGCUGAAACGCAAACCAGAGAAGCUGCCGGAGAAGAAGGUGGAAAAGAAAAAGGAGCCGUCACCUGGAGAAAGGCUACAGAAGCUUCAUACAGACAUAAAGUUUGCACUUAAAGUGGACAACCCAGACAUAGAGCGAUGUCUACAAGCACUGGAAGAGCUCGAGGCUGUUCCUGUCACCAGCCAGAUCCUACAUAAGAACGCUGAAGUUAUUGCCACACUAAAGAAGAUCCGGCGGUAUAAAGCCAGCACUGCAGUCAUGGAAAAAGCUAGCGACGUCUACAACAAGUUAAAACUGCGUUUUGUGGGCAAGGCGGAGGUGGCAGCUAAACCUAAAACUGAGAACAAGGAGCCAGAGAAUGAUGAGGAGAAAGAGACAGAAAACACAGAUUCCACACCUGUGAAUGGGGAAUCGGAGCAGAAAAAAAAUGACACAGAGGGAGAGGAAAAGCCAAAGUCACCCGUACAAGACGAGAACAACGUUGAUACGGCUUCAAGUCCAAACAGGCGAAGCCCGGACAGCUCGGCCGAACAGCAAACACACACGUACGAAGAAGAGGACAACUCGAUCUCUGCGGAGACGGAACAACCUGCCGUCGAGAGCUGAAAGCAUCCCUCACCGACCACUGCAGUGGACCAAGUGCUAAAAGAUGGUGGCCUCUGUUUAACAUGACGCAGUGCUGCUGACCCAACAACAUUGCAACACACACCCAGCAUUUCCUACCUUAUCUGUUACUUCAUUGUUCAUGUUUUAGACAUUUUUGUACUCUAACCAUACCAAACCAGGAAAGGCCCAUUUUUAGUCCAUUUGUUCAUCACAUCAGAAACGACAUGCUUAUUAGCGAGCUAGAUAACGGCACCACGCAACACUCUUUGGUUUCCGAGAUGUACUUUUUCUUUUCUAUGACACUCUGGCCGUCCUGGAUCCUCACUCCAAACUCCCGCCAGCUCCUCGCUGCUUUCUUCUUUCUAAAAUCUGAACUCUUACUUUGGUCUUUCAUACUGUGUGUAUGUCAAAUGAUUACAUUUUUAGCUCUUCUAUAUAGAGCGGGGUAAUAUGAGAUGAAACUGAAUCUGAUGAAGAAAAUGGGAAGAAAUGAGUUAUGCUUUUGUGUGUGUGUGUGUGUGUGUAGCUCUUACAUCUGUUGGCUUCUUUCUUUUUCUUUUUUUUUGUUUUAUAAAGCCUGCAAAACAUCACAAAGGCCUCCUAUCUGUGUGUUUGCCAUAGUGGGAGGGGUAAAAUGCUACUUGUCUUUUAUGUUAAGUAUUUUUUUUUAAUUCUCUGGUCUUGAUCCAGUGAAUCCAGUCUGAAAUGUAAAGAGUCACUUAAAACUGUUUUCUGGUUGAGGUCCACCUACUGUUUUUAUAGCCUCGUUUUCAGAUAGAUACAGUUUUGUCUAAAAAAUAAUAAUCUAUGUGGAGUUAAACACCUUGUACUCUCCUCUCCCCUAGUGUCUGCUUAAUAAAUGGAAUAACGCACACAUUAAAAACAAAAACUGCCCUUAAAAGCUAAUGAGAUCUCAUGUAGCUGCAGCCUUUUUUUUUUUUUUUUUUUUUGGACCUUUUUUUUUUGUCAUGUGCAUAC